AGCUGACUCACCGAGUACCCGUCAUUCUGUGCUAGUCAGCUGUGCGAGUAACAAGUGCAACAUAACCUCAAACUAGUGUCAGUGCCUUCUGUAUUUGUGUUACCACACCCACCCUCAAAAUGUGUGACGACGAUGUUGCCGCUCUUGUUGUGGACAAUGGAUCCGGAAUGUGCAAAGCUGGGUUCGCAGGAGAUGACGCUCCUCGAGCUGUAUUCCCCUCAAUUGUUGGACGUCCCAGAUAUCAGGGCAUCAUGGUGGGCAUGGGACAGAAGGACAGUUACGUCGGUGACGAGGCUCAGUCUAAGAGAGGUAUUCUCACAGUCAAGUACCCGAUAGAACACGGAAUCGUCACCAACUGGGACGACAUGGAGAAGAUCUGGCACCACACGUUUUACAACGAGUUGAGAGUGGCUCCCGAGGAACACCCUGUACUGCUCACAGAGGCUCCCCUCAACCCCAAGGCCAACAGGGAGAAGAUGACCCAGAUCAUGUUUGAAACCUUCAACACCCCAGCUAUGUAUGUAGCCAUCCAAGCCGUCCUCUCCCUGUAUGCUUCUGGUAGAACCACUGGUAUUGUACUGGACUCUGGAGAUGGAGUCUCACACACAGUUCCUAUCUACGAAGGUUACGCCCUUCCUCACGCCAUCUUGCGUCUGGACCUAGCUGGCCGAGACCUGACAGACUACCUGAUGAAGAUCCUCACCGAGAGGGGCUACAGCUUCACCACAACAGCUGAGAGAGAAAUCGUCAGAGACAUCAAGGAGAAGCUGUGCUACGUGGCUUUGGACUUUGAACAGGAGAUGGCCACAGCUGCCUCCUCCAGCUCUCUGGAGAAGUCCUACGAGCUUCCUGAUGGACAGGUCAUCACAAUCGGCAACGAGCGGUUCCGUUGUCCCGAGGCCAUGUUCCAGCCGUCCUUCUUGGGAAUGGAGUCUUGCGGUAUCCACGAGACCACCUACAACUCCAUCAUGAAGUGUGACGUGGACAUCCGUAAGGACCUAUACGCCAACUCCGUCCUGUCUGGAGGUACCACCAUGUACCCAGGUAUUGCCGACAGAAUGCAGAAGGAAAUCACAGCGUUGGCUCCUUCCACUAUGAAGAUCAAGAUCAUUGCUCCUCCUGAGAGGAAAUACUCCGUAUGGAUCGGAGGUUCAAUCCUCGCCUCCCUCUCCACCUUCCAACAGAUGUGGAUCUCCAAGCAAGAGUACGACGAGUCCGGCCCCUCCAUCGUCCACAGGAAAUGCUUCUAAACAAUCCGGACAUCCCGAACGUUUACCACUGUAUUUGUUGCGUUUACAGCUUACUAUUCCGAUUAUUUAUUGUAAAUCUUAUUCAAAUCGAACUUUCCAGUUCUUCCUUAAGACUUGUAGUGUAGAUUUGUUAUUUAUUAAACUAUUUAUUUUUGACUGUUUUAUACUGUUUAGUCUUGUACAGUUUUAUAAUUUUAAGAGACGCCGCGCUGUGUGUCUAAAGUCUAUCUUACUGUGAAAUAAAAUUAUUGUUGAAAACACAAAA